UCUGAUUAUUUUUCUUUUCUUUUCUUUGGGGUGCAUAAAAGACAUACUAUCAUCAUUCGGAGCUCCUCCUCUCGCUCGCUCUGUAUCCACUGCCUCCCUGCGCAGGCGCCGUUCACCUCUCUGGCCGUACGGUCACCGGAGGAGUCCGAAUCCAGGGUUCCGGCGAAAGAUGGCGCUGCUGUCGGCUCUCGCCACCGAGAUCGCGAUCCCGGUCUGCGCCGUGAUUGGCAUCGUGUUCUCCCUGGUCCAGUGGCUCCUCGUAUCGAAGGUGAAGCUCACCCCGGAGCAGCGCUCCCCCGCGGCUGCUAACAGCAGCAACAAGAACGGUUACACCGAGUGCCUCAUCGAGGAAGAAGAAGGCGUUAACGAGUACAGCAUCGUGGCCAAGUGUGCUGACAUUCAAAAUGCCAUCUCUGAAGGUGCAACAUCUUUUCUUUUUACGGAGUACCAGUAUGUUGGGAUCUUCAUGGUUGCUUUUGCAAUAUUGAUAUUCCUCUUCCUUGGCUCUGUUGAGGGUUUCAGCACAAAGAGCCAGCCUUGCACUUAUGACCCCUUGAAGACAUGCAAGCCAGCAUUGGCAACAGCCAUUUUCAGCACUGCCUCAUUUUUGCUAGGUGCUGUCACUUCAGUCAUCUCUGGGUUCCUUGGCAUGAAAAUUGCUACCUAUGCCAAUGCAAGGACUACUUUAGAAGCAAGAAAGGGAGUUGGCAAAGCCUUUAUUACAGCUUUCAGGUCUGGUGCAGUUAUGGGUUUUCUUCUAGCUGCCAAUGGUCUGUUGGUGCUCUUCAUUGCCAUCAAUCUCUUCAAAUUGUACUAUGGUGAUGAUUGGGAAGGUCUCUUUGAGGCUAUUACUGGUUAUGGUCUCGGUGGAUCUUCCAUGGCUCUCUUUGGAAGAGUGGGUGGUGGCAUAUAUACUAAGGCUGCUGAUGUCGGUGCUGAUCUUGUUGGAAAAGUUGAGAGAAACAUUCCAGAAGAUGAUCCAAGAAACCCAGCUGUGAUUGCUGACAAUGUUGGUGAUAAUGUUGGAGAUAUUGCCGGCAUGGGAUCUGAUCUUUUUGGCUCGUACGCUGAAUCAUCUUGUGCUGCGCUUGUUGUUGCUUCCAUCUCUUCGUUUGGAAUCAACCAUGACUUCACCUCUAUGUGUUAUCCCCUCCUUAUUAGUUCAAUGGGUAUCCUUGUAUGUUUGGUCACAACCCUCUUUGCCACAGAUUUCUUUGAAAUCAAAGCUGUGAAGGAAAUUGAGCCAGCAUUGAAGAAGCAACUCAUCAUUUCUACUGUCCUGAUGACCUUUGGAAUCGCAAUAGUUAGUUGGAUAGCCUUGCCAUCAUCAUUCACAAUCUUCAAUUUUGGUGUCCAAAAAGAAGUUAAAAAUUGGCAAUUGUUCCUGUGUGUUGGUGUGGGUCUUUGGGCUGGUCUCAUUAUUGGAUUUGUGACUGAAUAUUACACCAGCAAUGCCUAUAGCCCUGUCCAAGACGUUGCUGAUUCAUGCAGGACUGGAGCUGCCACAAACGUCAUUUUUGGCCUCGCCUUGGGAUAUAAGUCCGUCAUCAUCCCAAUUUUUGCCAUUGCUGUCAGCAUCUUUGUUAGUUUCAGCCUUGCUGCCAUGUAUGGUAUAGCUGUGGCUGCCCUUGGAAUGUUAAGUACUAUUGCUACCGGAUUAGCCAUAGAUGCUUACGGUCCCAUUAGUGAUAAUGCUGGAGGCAUUGCUGAGAUGGCUGGCAUGAGUCACCGCAUCCGUGAGAGAACUGAUGCCCUCGAUGCUGCAGGGAACACUACUGCAGCCAUUGGAAAGGGAUUCGCCAUUGGAUCAGCUGCCCUGGUGUCAUUGGCCCUUUUUGGUGCCUUUGUGAGUCGUGCUGCAAUCUCAACUGUUGAUGUCUUGACCCCGAAAGUCUUCAUUGGUCUGAUUGUGGGCGCCAUGCUUCCCUAUUGGUUCUCUGCCAUGACCAUGAAGAGUGUGGGAAGUGCAGCUUUAAAAAUGGUUGAGGAAGUCCGCAGGCAAUUCAACACCAUUCCAGGUCUCAUGGAGGGUCAUGCUAAGCCAGACUAUGCCACCUGUGUAAAGAUCUCGACUGAUGCCUCCCUUAAGGAGAUGAUUCCCCCCGGUGCUCUUGUUAUGCUGACUCCUCUUAUUGUGGGGACAUUAUUUGGUGUGGAGACUCUCUCUGGUGUUCUUGCUGGUUCCCUUGUGUCUGGUGUUCAGAUAGCAAUAUCUGCCUCUAACACGGGUGGUGCAUGGGACAAUGCCAAGAAGUAUAUUGAGGCUGGUGCCUCAGAGCAUGCGAGGACCCUCGGCCCCAAGGGUUCGGACCCACACAAGGCUGCUGUCAUUGGAGACACCAUCGGGGACCCACUUAAGGACACCUCGGGCCCUUCACUUAACAUUCUCAUUAAGCUCAUGGCAGUGGAGUCGCUCGUGUUUGCCCCUUUCUUUGCUACUCAUGGUGGCCUCCUUUUCAAGAUCUUCUGAGCUCCGGAGAGGGGAGGAAAUGCCAAGUACAAUCAGGAAACCAAGACCAUUAGCUUCGUAUUCCCUUUCAAACUUUAUUUGGAUUAAAGUCCUUUCCCCAAUAGUAUGGUUCUUUUCUUCAUGCAUAAUCUCUCUUAGUUUUAGUGGACGAAUACUUUUGAUGGGUCGAGAUGAUGAUGAUGAUGCAGAGAACACUCAUAUGGGGGCACUUGGAAAGCAUUAGGGAGGUGUUAACAUGUUACUCUUCUUCUAGUCUUUUAGAGCCAGAACGCAUCCUCAGCUUUACUUAAAUGUAUCCUCGAACUUAAUUUAGCCCAGGAGAACAUUUUGGAUGCAUUUGGUUUGGUCUGGUUUGGUUUCCGAGUGUUGCUUUGUUUGUGUUGGGCGGUGCU